UCAUCUCUUUAUUUUUUAUUUAUUUAUUUUUUUCUUAAAAUGACUGGUUGUGUUCUAUCCAAAUCCAUGUAAUACUGACUCUGACAUGUGACGGAAGAGCUACACUUAGAACUCGAUGUAUUGUCUAAGACUGUCAUAUAUGUUCCGACAAGAUGGGCUCGUUCCUUGUCUGGCAAAUACAUCUGGGAGAUCUCUCAGGCUCUUUCCUGCUAGAAUAUACAUGGAUGAAGUUUGUUGACCUUUGUUAAUUGGAUAUGAAGUUCUCUUCUAAAUUUUCUCUAUUCUCUUCUCUUUCCUUUUUUCUGCACUUCCCAGCAUAUUGAUGUGACUGCUGAAUUAGCUUCUUUUUUGUACUUCGAAGCUUUCUCAUAUGAAACUACGCACUUGCUUGCAUGAUUGUUUGUCACAAGAAUAUAUUUGUUUGCAUUUGUUUUUGUGCACCAUACCAUACAAAUAUAAGUCAAGGUGUCAUCAUAUUUUGAAAUUGCUGUUAUCUGAUUAGAACUGAUAAUCAUAGUUGAUUAUGGUUGAGGAUUGUUGUAGGUAGAGAUAGGAAGUGAAGCGGAUUUGUUACUAUUCAUGGGAAAGGAUGAAUGGACUUGGAGUGACGUAUAACAGCUACAGUGCUGAGUUUAGGAGACUUUUCGAGUGUUGGACAACAGGUGCAUUGCUGAGUUUAGGAAACUUUUCGAGUGUUGUACAACAGGUGCAUUGCUGAGUUCAGGAGACUUUUGGAGUGCCGCACAACAGGUGACAUGACAGAGGGCAGCAUGAAGGGGGUUGAGAAUGAGGAGUUUGUGGAGGCCAUGCAUGACUACUCUUACCAGUGGGAAGACCGCACCCUUUCUAUGACAAAGGGAGAAAUUUUCAUGCUCAUCAAACGUGCGUCUCCUGAUUGGUGGCAGGUAAUCAGACACGGAGAACAACGAUCUUUCUUUGCGCCAAAACAGUACCUCCAGCUAACCACCGUGUCAUACGAACAAAUGAAGCAGGUGUCCAGGCAAGGGCGUCUGCAACAGAAAUCAAAACAGGAAGAGUCUAGUGGUCAGAGUCAUGGUAUGCCACAGAUUUCAAAUGAUAACAUUCCUUCACCACCAUUUACUGAAAUUCCCUCAUCCACAACUCCCAAUGCUAGUCAGAGUUAUAUGACAAAGAUAGAACCAAGUAGGGUAACAAAGGAAAGAAGUGAUCCGUAUCCAAGCAGACCAGGUGGUCUGUCCUCCUUCAAAAGUGAAUCCCCAAUUGUUCCUCCAAAAGGACUACCACACAGGAGUGGUAGCAAUGAGUUCCCAUCUCCUACGGCACCCUCAAGAGGCUUUUCCCAGGGUGGGCAUGAGUCCUCUUCAUCUCACACCUCCAGGUCAAGUCUCAAUGAUAGUAGCAGAUGCAGCAUGGAGUCUCUUACACAACUCCAUGCAAGGAAGCAAGCAAUAAAGGCAGCUUCACAUGAUGAACUGAUGUCUGGGGAAAGGAGUAGAUCUGUGCUUGAUGUGAGCCAACCAAAAGCAGCUAGCAGCGAAGAACUUGAUGGACGAUAUUGUGGGAGGGAUUUUUUUUUCAAGAGCAAUCAGCUAAGUUACCGUCAUAGAUCUAACUCAGUAGAUUUCAGAUUAUUUCAAAAGGAUCUUGCAUUCAGUGAAAUGAAGCAAGGUUCUUUAGACAAAAGCAGAAAGCCAAGAAUAUCAAAAGACCCUGGGAACAGGAGGAGGUCAUGGGCUGUAGAAGAAAGAUUGCCAGAAAAUUUUCGGCCUUUCAAAAAAGCUGAGACCCAAGAUACUGCUAUUAUUCUGGAUGUGCCACCAAAACUUCCCCCAAAGCAGCGGAAACACAAACAUGAUCUAUUUGGCUCCAGUUCUGAAAAUCUGGGGAAACUUGAGGGACCAAUAGAUAUUAAGUUGCAGGAAGUGAAGAAAGCAAAACCUGCUUUACCACUUACUGGUCCAAAUGUGAAAAGACUUGGUCAGGACUAUGAUAGAAGCUUAAAAGGUCCUGAUACCUCGACUCUGUCUGAAAACCAAAGGAAAGCUUCACUCCGUCGUCAAGAUGGGAUGGAUGCAAAAGACCCUCCGGUGGCUCUGCCAAGGAAGUUCAUUCCCCCACAAGUUUCGUCAACAGAAAGUAAGACAGAAGAGCAGGGGAGUAAACAGAACCUAAAGGCAGGAGCUGUAAUGCCUAGUGUGAGUGAAUCUCCAGCCAAAGACAGUAUUAAUAAUAAGGUGAAAAGUGAAUUUAACGAUCUAAUCCACACAAGGGAACAAAGUGCACAAGAAGUGAGAAGUCUAGCUGUCUAUCCUAGUGAUUUAAGGGAAGGCAAUACAUUUCGUCCUGACUCUGCUCAAAAGCCUGGACGAGUUGAUUCGUUCAGGAAAGCCAGAGAGGCUCCCAGGUCUCCCAGUAGGGCUCCUGGGACUCCGGAGAUGAACAGGAAGGUGUUCACGCCCGGCACUCCCGAUUCCAUUAGAAAGUCGUACAGUUUGGAAAGGGGGUCGCCAAAGCUGGACUUGGGAAAAGAAGAGGAGAAGGAAAACGAAGGACUGAGAAUACCCCAGAGAGAAGUUCACACACCCGACUCGGCAAGGGGAGUAAAGGUGGCUAUGCAAAUGCCGCCUUCGCCACGAACGCCUCCACAGAGAAUUGUCUUUGAUGACUGGGGGGAAUAUUUUGAUGAAAUUACCAAGAGGCCUUACUACUAUAACAGCAGAACACGCGAAAAGAGAUGGAAACCCCCACGCAAAGGAAUUCACUCGGUUGCCAUUCCAGAGGUACCUCCGCAUGCCAGACAAGAGAACCGGGGAGGGAGUCUCGGCAGGGGGCAGACUAGGAGCCCCCCUAUUGACUACCCUGCAUCCCCCAAGCUCUCCCAGAUGCCGAGGUCCUACGCUACCUUGCCCGAAAGCGGCAGUGGGGGAUACCUUGGCUUUGGCCACUCAUCCACACUGACUCACACCUCUUCAUCCAACAUACACAUUCACCACCAAGUUCUGGCGACAUCACACACGUUACCCUUAUUCUCCCAGUCGUCCAGGAACAUCCUCCCUCCCCUUGUCCCGCCCAGCAGUGCCAAACCUACAUUGCCAAACACCCCUACCACCCCCACCACCCCAGAUGUCCCAGAUGACCAGAACGUUGCCCUGCUGGACACGCUAUACAAGAUGAGCCCGCCCAGAGGCUGGAGCAAGAAGUUUGACAACUUCACGCAGAGGGUUUAUUUCUGUAAUCAGGUCACGGGAGAGAGAGUAAGUACAAAACUUUUUUCUUGUAUUGUUUAAUAGCUUUAUUUGUAUUGUGUUUGUUAAUUCAACUAAGUCAGUCUGUUUACUUAUUUGUUUCACCAGUUUUCCCUUGUCGUUGAUAAAUCAGUGAUUUCAUGUGAUGCAUAAUGUGUUGAAUAAUAAUUACAGUUUUAACAGAUUUCUGUAGAUCUGAGUAAUUAAUAAGAAGUACAGAGGAUAAAGUUGUCUAAGACCAAUGUAUUAAUUGUGGGUAAAUUGUUUUUGUAUGAGAGAGCUCUUAAAUCUUUUCUUUUUAAAUUUUUAAGACAUUUCAAAGAAAAUUCUGUACAGGGAGAAAGAGUAAGAACAAGGAUAUCAGUCAGUAUGAAUGAGUGUAAUUUAAAAAUGAAGAAAUAAAUAAAUAAAAAAGGGGGAAAGAGAAAGAGAGAGAGAGAGAAGUAGAUGUUGAGUACAUGUGAAUGGAAAGAGGGUAAGUGUAAGAGAAGAAAUUAAGAAUAAAGUGUGAGUAAGGGAGAAAGUGAGAGGGAGAAAGGGUUCAUUUGAGUACAGUACAGUGAGAUUUUUGGAGGUGAGCGUUACCUAGUUCUUAAUUAAGGCCUGAGUAAGAGUUAAGAUAGGGGCACACAUCGUGAGUGCAAGCCUGUCUACUUGAAUGUAUUCCUGUAUGCAUGUGUAUGUUUGUGUGCCUGUGUGAGUGUGUUUACAUGUGUAAGGGUGUGUAUGUGCCUGUACAUGCGUAUUUGUGUGCUUGUGUGUGUGCUUGUGCUUAUUCUUACAUGUGGACAGGGAGAUUUGGGGAAGUGAGCAUUACCUAGUUCUUAUUUAGGGCCUGAGAAAGCGUUGAGAUAGGGGCACACAUCGUGAGUUGCAUGCCUGUCUACUUGAAAGUAAGCCUGUAUGCAUGUGUAUAUUUGAGUGCACUUAUGUAUGUACCUGCCUACAUGAAUAUGUGACUGUGUGCGUGUGUAUGCUUGUGUGCACUUGUGUAUGUGCCUGUCUACAUGAAUAUGUGCCUGUGUGCAUGUAUUUAC